UGAAGCUCACAGGCUCCAACAGAUGGCCAGAGCUGCCCUGUUUCACUGUCUCCUUCACACAAACACACACUAUGAAUAAGAGUUUAGAGAGAGAGGAAGGAAAAAGUGACGGCGAGAAAGAGUAGAAACAGGAAGUACUGUAGGAGAAGAAAGGCUAAAACUAGUGGAAACACCGAGAGGCAGCGGGGAGGAAGACGGCGAAGCAGAAGGAGCUGCAGGAUAAACGCACAUAUGGACGGAAGAGAGGAAGAGGAGAACAGGAGAGAACCGCUGAAAAAGGAGAGAGAGAGAGCGCACAAUUGAAUUGUAGAUUGAGGGAGCCUCUCUCCUCCCUCUUUCCCUCCCUCUUUUAUUUAUCUCCUGUGAAACCACGCCUCCCUCCUUUCACUUGUCAGUGCAUCUAUAACAGUGAGCUGUCUGCAGCGGGCUGCGUGGGGGGCGACAGCAGCUCCUCACUCUGCCAACAGCACCGGGGGGACCGGGUUUCCAAAGGGACCAGCAGGGACCGGAUGGUACUGGACUGACCAGAACAGAAUUUGUCAGUCAGAGGCUGGUUUCAGUGGGAGAGGAGAACACCAGGAAGGUCUGAUUUAUUAAAGAAGGUUGUGCGAAGGUGCUGCAGACUCGUCCGUGUCAAACACAGAAUUGAGGAAGUGAGUGCAGGGCAGAGGGAUGGCAGGGCAGGGGCUUUUGGCCCCUCUCCCUUUUCUUCUUCUAUUUUUUAUUUUGGUGGACAUCCUUCCUGUAGCCCAGGGCUCCGGCUACCUCUCCGGAUAUCGCCUUAGGUCUCGUCUGCAGAAGGACCGCCACGUUCGCAACAUCCGACCAAACAUCAUCCUCAUCCUCACUGAUGAUCAGGAUAUAGAAUUAGGCUCAAUGCUGGCCAUGAACAAAACCCGGCAGAUCAUGGAGAAGGGCGGCACCCAUUUUACAAAUGCUUUCUCCACCACACCGAUGUGCUGCCCAUCCCGCUCCUCCAUUCUGACAGGGAAGUACGUGCACAACCACCACACUUACACCAACAAUGAGAACUGCUCGUCUCCGUCGUGGCAGGCCCACCAUGAACCACAUACGUUCGCUGUGCACCUUAACAACUCUGGCUACAGAACAGCCUUCUUUGGAAAGUAUCUGAAUGAGUACAACGGCUCAUAUGUGCCCCCUGGCUGGAGGGAAUGGGUAGCACUGGUGAAGAACUCACGCUUCUACAACUACACCCUCUGCCGGAACGGAGUACGAGAGAAGCACAGCAGUGACUACGCAAAGGAUUAUCUGACAGACAUCAUCACCAAUGACAGCAUCAACUACUUCCGUAUGUCCAAGAGGAUGUACCCCCACCGUCCCAUUAUGAUGGUCCUGAGCCACGUGGCCCCACACGGUCCUGAAGACUCCGCCCCCCAGUACAGCACCACCUUCCCCAAUGCAUCACACCACAUAACCCCCAGCUACAACUACGCUCCAAACCCAGACAAACACUGGAUCCUCCGCUACACGGGCCCUAUGAAGCCUGUUCACAUGCAGUUCACCAACAUGCUGCAGCGCAGGCGGAUGCAGACCCUGCUGUCUGUGGACGACAGUGUGGAGAAGGUGUACAACAUGUUGAUGGAGACGGGCGAACUGGAGAACACCUACCUGAUCUACACCUCAGACCACGGCUACCACAUUGGACAGUUUGGUCUGGUGAAGGGGAAAUCUAUGCCUUAUGAGUUCGACAUCCGCGUGCCCUUCUAUGUACGAGGCCCCAACGUGGAACAAGGAGCCAUUAAUCCUCACAUUGUGCUGAACAUCGACUUGGCGCCAACGAUGCUGGACAUGGCUGGUGUUGAUAUCCCGUCAGAAAUGGAUGGAAAGUCUAUCCUGAAGCUGAUGGACACAGACAGGCCCGUCAACAGGUUUCAGUUGAACAGGAAGGGUAAAACCUGGAGAGACUCUUUCCUGGUGGAGAGAGGGAAGCCACCGCACAAGCGAGGCGAUGGAAAGGAGGAAAUGGCCCAGGAGGAGAACUUCCUGCCCAAGUACCAGCGGGUGAAGGACCUGUGCCAGAAGGCCGAGUAUCAGACCUCCUGCCAGCAGCCAGGACAGAAGUGGCAGUGUGUGGAGGACCCGACUGGUAAGCUGAGGCUGUAUAAGUGUAAGGGCAUGGCCAGUCUCUAUGCCCCACGUAUGCAGGCUCUGAUGGCCAGAGGAGCCUCCCAGCUGCCCCCAACGUCCACCUCCGACCAGUGUCACUGUCCUGAGGUGGGCUUUAAAACCUCCAUCCUGAAGAGGAAGAGGCUGCUGACGAAGAAAAAGAUGAAAUCCAGUAAAACUGUGACAAGAAAGCGUUGGGCCCGCUCCGUGUCCUUUGAGUUGGACGGAGACCUGUACGCCGUGGACCUGGAGGAGGGGUACCGGCCCCUGGGCCCCCGGAACAGCAGCUGGGCUCCAGAGAAGAAGAAAGGCCUGGGGACGGAGGAGGACAAUGAUGAGUUCAGUGGCAUGGAAGUGACCGUAAAACCCAGCACCAGCACCAGACUGACCCCACCUGCUGCUCUGAAGGUCACCUACAGGUGUUCUAUCCUCAUGAACGACACCGUUAAGUGUGAUGGAGGCCUCUACAAAUCCCUUCAAGCCUGGAAAGACCACAAACUGCACAUCGAACACGAGAUCGAAACCUUACAGACCAAAAUCAAGAACCUGCGUGAGGUUAAAGGUCAUCUGAAGAGGGUGCGACCAGAGGAAUGUCAGUGUAACACACCAAGUUAUCUGCUGAAGAAUAAAGACACUUUCAGACUCAACACUCGUAUGCACUCACUGAGAAUGCCAUCCAAACAGAAGACUCAGUGGCUGCAGAAGGAGCAAAAGCGCAGAAAGAAACUCCGUAAAUUUCUCAAGAGGCUCCAGAAUAAUGACACUUGCAGCAUGCCAGGCCUCACCUGUUUCACCCAUGACAACCACCAUUGGCAGACUGCCCCCUUCUGGACAAUGGGCCCGUUCUGUGCAUGCACCAGUGCCAAUAACAACACAUACUGGUGCCUCAGGACCAUCAAUGACACACACAACUUCCUGUUCUGUGAAUUUGCCACCGGUUUCCUGGAGUAUUUUGACCUGAACACUGACCCGUACCAGCUGAUAAACGCUGUCAGCACUUUAGACCGCAACGCUCUGAAUUCAAUGCAUCAACAGCUUAUGGAUUUAAGGGGCUGCAAAGGACAUAAGCAAUGCAACCCGGAAAAAGGCGGAAAAGAGAGGAGCUACUUCAGUGAAUACAGGCCCGUUCAUCGCCGAAAGAGGCCAAAAGUGAAGAAGCCUUCGUCCAAAUCGCUGGGGCAGAUCUGGGAGGGGUGGGUGGGUUAAGCUGCUGCACCCACCACAACGGCCUCCUCCGGUUAUGGAAGGAGAAGGAGGAGCGCAGGAGAACCCAAGGACCUCGACCACACUUUGAUGGACCAGAACCUGAGACACUGCUCCGCUCUAGUCUGGGUUUAGUUUCUGAGUGAGCUGCUGUUUGUCGCCCUCGUCCAGAUGGAGGAGAUCUGAAGACUGAGAAGAAGAAGCUGAUGAAGCUCCAAUUGUCAAUAUUCCAUCUGAACACAUGUCAUACCUGCAUCUUCUGUUCCAUCCAGCUGUCAGGACCAGCACCUCUAUAAGACACUAUGGUUCAGGUGGGACAGUCUGGUGUGCACAAUGCUUUCAUUUCACUGUCCUGUUGUAGAUAGUUCAUAUCUGCUUGAACUCACUUUCUUUCAUGUUGUAUGGAACUGGGUGGAAACAUGAGUUACACGUCAACUCUGCUGCUACAAAACUAAGUCAUGGGAGCCACUGCUCGGCCUCAUUCUGUGUUUGCGACACAUGCUGAUUAUUUCUGUCAUUAGCGUGUGUGCUGUGGCUGCUGACAGUAAACACCACCUUUUUCCUUCUCUGCACAUGUGUGUUUGCACACAGAAGUGGGAUGGACUUCAUAAUGACCAAGUGUAACAGACUUUUCGCCAUAAUCUUUUGUAUUAUAGUUGAUCUUAACGCUGAUGAAUGUUCUUUAUAAAGCAUCAACUUCCUCCAAACGGUGGAAGGAGCGGUGAGGUGGUUAAAGUCCACCUGCCUUUACCCAUGUGCAUAGUGUGAGCCACACCUGGAACAUGCCUACACUAACCACUGUCUCACUAUGGUACGAUCCAAACCUCCAAAACAUUUGAUCACUGACAGAAUGCACCAUUAGUGAACGCCAUUUUCCUUCUUUAUAUUUCAGUCCCACACUGUGGAAGUGUCCAAAUAGUUUGUUCAGCUUGCUCUACAUGGUGCUACAGGAUAACAAUACAGAAGUAAAUCUUGCUGUACAGUACAGUAUGUAUUUGAAUGUAUGUUGUGCAAUUAAUAUAAAUGUUUACAAUAUUUUUUAUAAUACCGAAGAGGCAGACCUCAUUGUAUGAUAUGAGUCGACAAAAUUAUCUUAUAGGGGGAAAUGUAGCUUGAGAAAUUUCAUUGCCCGCAAUUUGUAUGUUGUUUCUUUCAUUAUUUCCAUUGGAAAAGCACUUAAAGGGUUCACUGUGAAGAGAUGCGCCGUGUACAUUUAAUGGAAACUAGUUUACGCCAGAGGAACAACACAACCUAAUACUUAUUGAUGUGAACUUUAGCUUCUACCUUUGUUAGCUUCUUUUAUUUUUAGCUAAUGUUUCCAUAGACCUGAGUGCUGAUAGUAUUUGUGAAUAAAGUGUUGUUUGGCCAUUUA